AUGGAGGCAUCGCCCCUCACCCAACAAACGAGACCCGAGAUCUUCCAACCGAAGAUUGUGCAGCUCUACGAAACUCUCCUUAAACCCAACGACGAUGUCGAUGAACUAUCUGAAGGUUUCUGGAGAGAGUUCUUCCUCUUACCGCCAGGUCGUGAGCAGCUGUAUUCUCUGUUGGAUGCGCUAAACCCGGAUGGGAUCCUGAGCUUGCAGACGCAAACCAAACAGCUGUUUGCACGGGCUAUUCGGGAGGUCGCCUCGGGAACUGCACCAGCCGAUUCUUAUGCAUUGGAUACCUUGACAAUAUUCUUGACCAGUAUCCUGAGCAAGAAAUAUACGAACCCCAGCUCGGAUGUCAUAGCGGUUCUUGCCGGCCUCGACGAGGUCGACCGUGUUAUCUCGGAUUUUGUGUCAGUCCUAGAUAAUAUUGUGCGCAGUGGCAGGAGCAUUGAAUUGCGCCGCCAGGCCAUCAGGGUAGCUAUUGCCAUGACUAGCGGAGCCUAUAAGACCAGCUUGGUUUCUUAUUUUACACAUCGGGAUCUCUUUCCCUCGUUGAUGAAGUACGUACAUGAUUCUGAAACUCCACUGGGGGUGUUUGAUCCGUUUCUCUUGCUUGGGCUGCUGGCAAACUACAACAAAUUCGAAUUUCAAAAUCCUUACCAGCUCCGACUGGACGACUUUGUCAAUGAGUCAAGCAUCCAAAAGAUCGUCGAGGGCGUAGGAAUAGCUUGCGGUGGCCUUCGAAAUGGCUAUGUUGCCGUGCAAGACGAUGUCCCAGAAGGCUGGAGCUUGACGAGCACUCUGGUCUUUUUCGGCCUGCGUGCUCUCACCCCCGGUGCAAGAGAUAAGGCGAACCCUCCUUCAGCAGAAGAGGCGAAGAAAAUGUUUACGGAGCUGCCUGCGCAAGAAGCUUCCAUCCUGAUGGCAACCUAUGAUUUCACAAACUCGAACAAGCUUUUCGGGUACCACAUGGUUCAUUUGAGACCGGUCAAGGGUACCGACGAGUCACCAUUAUCUAGCUUCUUAUCUCUGUCCUCCUAUCUCCUUCAACACGCAUACCGGUCGCUGCGAGUGGCACACUAUGCCGAACUGAGCCUGUUCACACUCCGCAUCCUCGUCGAGGAUCCGACUCUCUGCAAACACAUCUGCAGCGAGGAUGGGAAGCGCAAAGUCCGGCUGUGCCGGCAACGCCAGCCCUUCCUUCCCCUUAUCAGCGGCGACCGGGUGCUCGCCACGAUUAUCUUCGAUGUCAUGAUUGACACUAUCACCCACAAUCUCCGUCGUCGGCUAGACGUCAAUAUUUAUAGGUAUGGCGAUUCCAAUCAUGAAAAUCUAUCUUUCAGCAACCCAAAUGAAUCCGGUACACAGGUCAUUGACACUCAUAAUCAAUACAGUCACACCAUUGCCAUCAUCCUCCGCCUCCUCACCUACCUCUCCAUGAACAAAAUCCGUCUCGCCUACCAUUGGUCCGAGCUAUGGCGCACUCUGCUAUCUCUUAUGCGCUUCCUGACAACUUACGCCUCUGACCUCUCCUCUAACCCCAGAAUCCACACUCUCACAACCUCUCUCGCCGACCUCAUGGCCUUCUGUGUCUCUGCUGGUGACACUUUCCUCCCCGACCCAGCCUCCUAUGACGACCUCUUCUAUAAGCUGGUUGAGACCGGGCCCGUGAUAUCCAAGUUCCGCGCCGUCUACGCCCUUUCUACCUCCUCGACGCCCACCAUCGCCGAUCCCACAUCAAACAAGGACGUUCACGCUGCAGCCAUCGAUACCCUCCUCUCCGUCUCGACCCACUUCCACACGCUGCUGUUCCACUCCGAGGCCGCGGACCCGGUUGCGGCGGCGGCAGCAGCCGCGGCCACAAGCCCCAAGACAGAUGGUGAGCCGACGCCCGUCGCACUGCCAGCCAUCAAGAAAAAAAACCUAAGCCCGCGCGAGGUGCACCGUAUCAUCAAGCAGGGCUAUGAUACUCUAAGUAUCCAGCCGCCGGAAGGCUUGACGACGUGGUCACGGUGGCGCGAGACGGAAUGGAAGAGCGAGCUGAAGCGGGCGGCGCGUUGUGCGGUAGAUGACGCGCGGCAGUUAGUUGCUUGA